UCGAUUGACUUUCCAUAAUUAUGCAGAGUUUUUAUUUUUUCAUAAGCUUCCAGAGUUGACAAAUCUGAAUAGGCGUAAUAAAUAAAUAAGCGACCCGUCGGUCACAAUCAGUUAGCCGAUUCCCUCUGUUUAUACGUUUCAGAAAUCACAACCACACCUUCUUUUUCCUUUAAACGGUUCUCGCCAAACCUACGUAAACUUCUUAUAUGUAUAAAUAAAUAACCCUACUAACGUGAAGGACAAAAAGUAAUCAAUUUUUUUUGCUGAAUUGGGGAUAGUUGUUUGCUAUUUUAGACCAAUUGAAGAGCUAGGGUUCUGAAUUUGGAGAAUGCAGCUGAACUCGGAGUCGGAGCAGGAACCCGACGAUUCUGAAUCUGAGCCUGAGUUCGUUGAGCUCGAUCCUACUGGUCGCUACGGUCGGUACAAAGAAGUUUUGGGAAAAGGAGCUUUUAAGAAAGUAUAUCGGGCUUUUGAUGAAUUGGAAGGAAUAGAAGUAGCUUGGAACCAGGUUAAAGUUGCUGAUCUCUUGAGGAAUGCUGUGGACUUGGAGCGUCUUUAUUCUGAAGUUCAUCUGCUUAAAACCCUCAAGCACAAGAAUAUCAUCAAAUUUUACCACUCUUGGGUUGACACAAAGACUGAGAAUAUCAACAUCAUUACUGAAAUAUUCACUUCUGGGAAUUUAAGACAAUACCGGCAAAAACAUAAGAAGGUUGAUUUGCGAGCACUCAAGAAUUGGUCUAGGCAGAUAUUGGAGGGACUGUCAUAUCUACAUGGUCACGACCCUCCAGUUAUUCAUCGGGAUCUUAAGUGUGAUAACAUUUUGGUCAAUGGUAACCAAGGGGAGGUGAAAAUCGGUGACUUGGGACUCGCAGCAAUUCUUCAAAAGGCUCGUUCAGCUCAUAGUGUCAUUGGUACUCCAGAAUUCAUGGCACCAGAGCUUUAUGAAGAGGAAUAUAAUGAGCUAGUAGAUAUCUAUGCUUUUGGCAUGUGCUUGCUGGAGCUGGUGACUUUUGAGUAUCCAUAUGUUGAGUGUGCAAAUGCUGCCCAGAUAUAUAAGAAAGUGACAGCAGGAAUUAGGCCUGCAUCAUUGGCAAAAGUAAAGGAUCCUGGAGUUAAAGCAUUUAUAGAAAAAUGUAUUGCAAAAGUUCCUGAGCGGCUGUCUGCUGCGGAACUAUUGAUGGACCCCUUUCUCCAGUCAGAUGAUGAUUCUGGAAGCAUAUCUAGAUCCUUGAGUUCCUACCCCAGAUAUGCAGAUAAUAGGGAUGACCCAUCUGACAACGGAAGAAGUCCCCAGGACCCUGUGCCUGAAGGAAGUAGAGAUUUCACAGUGCAGGGCCAAAGAAAGGACCUAAACACAAUUUUUCUUAAACUGCGAAUAACUGAUUCAACAGGUCAUGUUAGGAAUAUUCACUUCCCCUUUGAUAUUGAAGUUGAUACAGCAAACGCUGUUGCUAGUGAAAUGGUUGAGGAGUUGGACCUGACAGAUCAAGACGUCUCCGCUAUUGCUGAUAUGAUUGAUUCUGAAAUCCGGUCAUAUAUCCCAGAUUGGGCACCUAAACAAUGUUCUAGAGAUCACAUCACUGAUGAAGUUGCUCCUUCUGAGAGCAGUGCCACUGAAGCUCGUGAAGUUGCUCCUUCUGAGAGCAGUACCUCUGGAGCUUGUGACGACGUUUCCCCUUCAACAAUGAACUCCACUCUUUCUGGUGGUCUUGUGUUGGAAAGACUUCCUUCAGGUCGUAAGUACUGGUCUGAUUCACCAAAAACAACCAGUAGCGCGAGCUCUCCACUCAGACCGGGCCCUUCAAACCUGUCACAGGCAGAUUCACCAAUUCGCGAAAGUAGCUGGGAUGACGAAAACGAACAAUCACCUGUCAGCAAGAAAGAGGGAAGCAGCUCAGAUGAUGGUGCCUUUGAGCAUGAAGAGAGUGAAACUGAAAAUGAUAUGGAUGAAGAGUUUGAUGUGAUUCCAGAUUCAAACUCAAGUGAUAAUAAACAAUCUGCUGAUUUAACUUCUGACACACAGCGUCAUUCAUCAGGGGAAAGAAAAAAUCAUAGCAGCAACAAAUGUUCAGAUGACAUUGGAGAAAUUGUGGAGAAACUUGAGAAGCUGCUAGAUGAGCAGCGCACAGAGAUAGAUGAGCUCAGGGAAAAACAUGACUUGGCUAUCUCAGAAGUUAUAAGCAAACUUCCUCCUGAGAUACGCAGUGGAGUGCUUGCUACGUGUGGUCACAAAAUAUCUUCCCAUAGUCUACGGAAUGAAAGAGGCUGCUCCAGUACAAACUCUGAAGGCCCAAGCUCCUCUUUGAAAAUAUAUUCCAGAAUGCUGAAAAACUUUAGAGUUGCUGGCAAUGGUUACAUGCAAAAUUCUGUAGCUGGAAGUGUUCUGAAUGGACCCAUAAUUAGGCGCUGUUUCAGCUCUGUCAAAGGCAACAUCAGUUCAGGAAUGGGAAUUGCUGUAAUUUUGAAAGAGGAAGCGGGAGACUGAUCUAUCAGUGAGCGGUGCUUCAAUUUGCCCUCAGUGAGUUUAUUGUUGGACAAAUUGAAAUUUAUGUUGCAUGGCGUAGACGACGAGUUGAUCCCUUAGUGCUUCGGAAGAUCUUGUUGACCCGCUGAAAUGGAUUUAAAAUCUCAGAUUCGUGCAUGAGAUGCCUCGAGCUGCAGCCACAAUAGGUUUUUGCAUUUUCGUGAAGUGUAUACUUGUAAAUAUUUAUAUUUGUAUUUAGCAAAGGUUAAUUGGUUUGAAAUCACGCCUGUUGAGAUAGUACCUACACAGGUCAUUUAUAUUUUAUCAAUCAUGUUCUAUAGACUAGUAAAACAGUACAUUGGUUGUGAGAUGAUCAGUGUUUGCUGUUCACCCUUUUAUUUUUUAUUUUUACAGGAUAGUAUUUUUUAGCGAAGUAAUUUGCUUUUCCUCCUUGAA